AUGUGCUGUCAAAAAUGGGUACGUGAGAAAAUUCUUAAGGACCCACAGGCAUUGUUCAGAGAAGACAUGUUGAUGGACCCUGAACUUUCCAAUAAACAAGCUCUCCAGUUACUCCAGAUGAUUUGCUACCCAAAUGGAAUCCCAAAUCAAGUAGAAGGCACUGAACCUGACAACAAACAAGUGAUAAACAGAAUUCUUCAGACUCUUGACCAGUGGUCAUUACGGGUGUCAUGGUUAGAAUUACAACUUAUGUUCAAGCAGUCUAGUUCGCAAGCAGAAACAAAUGCAAUUCUUGAUUGCAUUGCCAAGGGUACCCUCGACUUAUUCCACCAACAGACUGAGUUCCUGUCCAACCCCAACUCACCAAGACAACUGCUUCAGCAGAUUCAGACACAGCUUCUGCAGCAGCAACAGCAACAGCAACAACAGAAUGCUAAGCCUGAGUCUGAAAAAGACAGUGUAUGGGCCGAUUACUUAAGCUGGCUGGCCAGGUACUUGAUAGUAGUAACAACCUUCUUUCAAAAACGAAAUACGAUAAAGAAAAAAAAUCAAAGAAGUAAGUCACUAUUGGGGCACCAACCAUUCCUGUCUCUGAUCCUCACCUGUCUUAAGGGGCAGGAUGAACAGCGUGAAUGCUUGCUCUCAUCACUACAUUCCCAGUUGGAGAAAUUUAUCAACAACGUCAAAGAAGUUUUGGAUCGUAGUCCUGAUGAGAGCAAGAUCCGGCAAAAUCUUAACGAAGCUUUGCAGUUACGUCUCAGUUUGGUUGGUGGUAUGUUUGAUACCAUCCAAAGGAACAACACUACUACUAGUGAUUGGGCAAUAUUUAACUAUUCUCUCUCUCUCUCUCUCUCUCUUCAUAUUUUCUCUGUGUGUGUCUCUCCCUCCUCUCUUUCUCUCUUCUUUAUUUGUCUCUCUCUCUCUCUCUCUCUGUCUUUCUCUGUCUCUCUUUUCUUUCUGUCUCUCUCUCUCUCUCACACUUUCUUUGUCUCUCUCUCUCUCUCUCACUUUCUUUGUCUCUCUCUCUCUCUCACACUUUCUUUGUCUCUCUCUCUCUCUCUCACACUUUCUUUGUCUCUCUCUCUCUCUCUCACACUUUCUUUUCUCUCUCUCUCUCUCUCUCACACUUUCUUUGUCUCUCUCUCUCUCUCACACUUUCUUUGUCUCUCUCUCUCUCUCUCACACUUUCUUUUUCUCUCUCUCUCUCUCUCACACUUUCUUUGUCUCUCUCUCUCUCUCACACUUUCUUUGUCUCUCUCUCUCUCUCUCUCUUUCUUUGUCUCUCUCUCUCUCUCUCACACUUUCUUUGUCUCUCUCUCUCUCUCUCUUUCUUUGUCUCUCUCUCUCUCUCCACACUUUCUUUGUCUCUCUCUCUCUCUCUCUCACACUUUCUUUGUCUCUCUCUCUCUCUCUCACACUUUCUUUGUCUCUCUCUCUCUCACACUUUCUUUGUCUCUCUCUCUCUCACACUUUCUUUGUCUCUCUCUCUCUCUUUCUUUGUCUCUCUCUCUCUCACGCUUUCUUUGUCUCUCUCUCUCUCACGCUUUGUUUGUCUGUGUCUCUCUCUCUCUCACUUUCUUUGUCUCUCUCUCUCUUUCUCUCUCUCUCUCACACUUUCUUUUCUCUCUCUCUCAAUUUCUCUCUUUCUUUGUCUCUCUCUCUCUCUUUUCUUUGUCUCUCUCUCUCUCUUUCUUUGUCUCUCUCUCUCUGAACUUUCUUUGUCUCUCUCUCUCUCUCUUUCUUUGUCUCUCUCUCUCUCUCUUUCUUUGUCUCUCUCUCUCUCUCUUUCUUUGUCUCUCUCUCUCUCAAACACUUUCUUUCUCUCUCUCUCUCACACUUUCUUUUUUCUCUCUCUCUUUCUUUGUCUCUCUCUCACACUUUCUUUGUCUCUCUUCUUUGUCUCUCUCUUUCUCUCUCUCUCACGCUUUCUUUGUCUCUCUCUCUUUCUUUGUCUCUCUCUCACUUUUUUUGUCUCUCUCUCUCUUUCUUUGUCUCUCUCUCACACUUUCUUUGUCUCUCUCUCUCUCUUUCUUUCUCUCUCUCUCUCUCUCUCUCACACUUUCUUUGUUUUUUGUCUCUCUCUCUCUCUCUCUCUCUCACACUUUCUUUUUGUCUCUCUCUCUCUCUCUCACACUUUCUUUUCUCUCUCUCUCUCUCUCACUUUCUUUGUCUCUCUCUCUCUCUCUCACACUUUCUUUGUCUCUCUCACACUUUCUUUGUCUCUCUCUCUCUCUCUCACACUUUCUUUUCUCUCUCUCUCUCUCUCACACUUUCUUUUCUCUCUCUCUCUUCUUUCUUUUCUCUCUCUCUCUCUCUCACACUUUCUCUUUCUCUCUCUCUCUCUCACACUUUCUUUGCUCUCUCUCUCUCUCAAACACUUUCUUUGUCUCUCUCUCUCUCUCUCUCACUUUCUUUGUCUCUCUCUCUCUCUCACACUUUCUUUGUCUCUCUCUCUCUCUCACUUUCUUUUCUCUCUCUCUCUCUCCACUUUCUUUGUCUCUCUCUCUCUCCUUUGUCUCUCUCUCUCUCCACUUUCUUUUUCUCUCUCUCUCAGAUUUUCUUUGUCUCUCUCUCUCUCUUUUCUUUGCUUUUUUGUCUCUCUCUCUCUCAUUUCUUUCUUUGUCUCUCUCUCUUUCUUUGUCUCUCUCUCUCUUUUUCUUUGUCUCUCUCUCUCUUUCUUUUCUUUGUCUCUCUCUCUCUCACCUUUCUUUGUCUCUCUCUCUCUCUUUCUUUCUGCUUUCUUUGUCUCUCUCUCUCACUUUGUCUCUCUCUCUCUUACUUUAUUUUGUCUCUCUCUCUCUUGCUUUUGUCUCUCUCUCUCUCUCUCUUUGUUUGUCUCUCUCUCUCUUCUUUUUUCUCUCUCUCACGCUUUGUUUUCUCUUGCUUUGUUUGUGUUUUAUAUCUCUCUCUCUCUCUUCACAUUUUCUUUGUUUUUGUCUCUCCUUCACCUUUUUUCAAUGUGAUGCUCCAUCAUUAUUGUUUUCUAUUCUCUUUGAGUCUGUCUCUUACUUUUAUUAUUCUCUUUCUCUCCUUGCUAGCGAACUUUUCACCACUAACCUAAUUAAAAAAGUCAAGCGAGAACUGGGAGAUAAGAAUAAUACUUGUAUCGACAAGGUUCGUCAACUUCUGCCUUUGCCAAAGAAAUUCUAUGAAGUGGUCACCUGUGAACCUCAUGGAACACUUGUAGAUACCAAAGGCAACAAAAUUGCAGGAUUCGAUUCAAUUGGGAGGAAACAGGGUUUACAAGUUGCCUCAAAAGUGAAGAUCACUCCUUGGGAAAUAAUUGAGGGCACAAAGAAUCCGGCUCCAAUGUCCUGGACUUACUUUGGUGCUGCAUUCAGUCUUGUCAAACAUAACAUUCUAUUUUUAAACAUUUUCUUUGCUCUCUCUCUUUCUCCACCCCCUCUCCUUUUUUCCCUCUUUCUCUGGUCUCCCCUCUCUUUUUUUCCCUCUUUCUCUGGUCUCCCCUUUCUUUUUUUCCCUCUUUCUCUGGUCUCCCCUCUCUUUUUUUCCCUCUUUCUCCGGUUUCCCCUCUCCUUUUUUCCCUCUUUCUCCGGCUUCCCCUCUCCUUUUUUCCCUCUUUCUCCGGCUUCCCCUCUCAUUUUUUCCCUCUUUCUCCGGCUUCCCCUCUCCUUUUUCCCUCUUUCUCCGGUUUCCCCUCUCCUUUUUUCCCUCUUUCUCCCUCUUUCCCCUCUCCUUUUCUCCCUCUUUCCCCUCUCCUUUUCUCCCUCUUUCCCCUCUCCUUUUCUCCCUCUUUCCCCUCUCCUUUUCUCCCUCUUUCCCCUCUCCUUUUCUCCCUCUUUCCCCUCUCCUUUUCUCCCUCUUUCCCCUCUCCUUUCUCCCUCUUUCCCCCUCUCCUUUUCUCCCUCUUUCCCCUCUCCUUUUCUCCCUCUUUUCCCCUCUCCUUUUCUCCCCUCUUUCCCCUCUCCUUUUCUCCCUCUUUCCCCUCUCCUUUUCUCCCCUCUUUCCCCUCUCCUUUUCUCCCUCUUUCCCCCUCUCCUUUUCUCCUCUUUCCCCUCUCCUUUUCUCCCUCUUUCCCCCUCUCCUUUUCUCCCUCUUUCCCCUCUCCUUUUCUCCCUCUUUCCCCUCUCCUUUUCUCCCUCUUUCCCCUCUCCUUUUCUCCCUCUUUCUCCGGUCCCUUUCUCAGUAUUUUUUUUCUUUCUCCUUCUCUUUCUCCGGCCCCCCAUCUCCUCUCCCUCCUUUCCCCCCUCCCCACUCCCCCCCUCCUUUCCCCACUUCCCCCCUCCUUUCCCCCCUCCCCACUUUCCCCCCUCCCCUCUUCCCUCUCUCUCUACAUAA